AUGGCCGACGCCACACCAGCAGCACCCGUCGUCUUCAAGAAGCGCGCAGGACGAGCCAACCUCAAGAAACGCGCCGCAACCCCUCCCUCAGCCUCCGACUCCGAGUACAGCAGCUCCGAAGACGAGCACGGCGCACGCGUAAAACGACGUCGCAAAGGCGGCAUCACAACCUCCACAUCCGCCAUCACCAAACCCACUCGCGAUCUAGGCAAAAGCACACAAUUUGCCGGCGACCGCAGUGCAGCAAUUACAAACUUGGACGAUGCGACAAAGACGAGUAAUUGGUUCCAUGCCGAUGAAGCUGCCAGAGCUGGCCAACAACAAGAAGAGAAUGUAGACAAAGAUGGUACCUACAAGGGCGCNAAAGGCUAUGGAAACUUUAUACAGAAGAAUCCUGAUAAGUUAGGAAAGAGUGUUGGGCCGGUCAAGGCACCGACGAAUAUGCGUAUGAUCACACUCGUCGACUUUGCGCCUGAUGUGUGCAAGGACUACAAGCAGACUGGAUUCGUAAGCUGCAAAUUCCUCCACGCAAGAGAAGACUACAAACAAGGCUGGCAACUCGACAAAGAAUGGGAAAAGGCAGGAAAGUCAAAACANAAAGGCACCACCGUCGCCUCUGCAAACCGUUCAGGCACAGACCAAGCCGAAGACUCUGACGACGACGAAGAAGUCAANGAGUUGGAAAAGAUNCCCUUUGCGUGUAUUAUCUGCAAGGAACCUUAUAAGAGCCCCGUGGUCACUAAAUGUGGCCAUUACUUCUGUGAGGCUUGUGCGUUGAAGAGGCAUAAGAGUAAAGGUGGCAAGCAGUGUGCCAACUGUGGUGCUGAUACAGGUGGUACAUUCAAUGUGGCCAAGAACUUGAGGAAGUUGUUGGACAAGAAGCGGGAGAGGAUUCGCAAGAGGAAGGAAAAGGCGAGGGAGAAUGGAGAGGAGGUUAGCAGUGAUGAAGAAAAGUGA